AUGCCUGCGGGCAUGUUCAGCAUCGACAACAUCCUGGCGGCCAGGCCCCGCGGCAAGGAGUCGGUGCUGCUGCCGCACCAUCCCUCGCAGCCGCCGCCGCCGCCGCCGCCGCAGCCCCAGCAGCCGCCGCAGCCGCAGCACGGGGCGCCCGUGGUCUUCUCGGCGGGCCUGCACGGCGGCGACUCGCUCUACGCCUCGGCCGGCAGCGGCGGCGGCGGCGGCGGCGGCGACUAUGGCGGAUAUUACGCGCGGGCCGUGGCGCCGGCGUCCAACUUGCCCGCCCUCGGAGGAGCGCGGCUGGGCGGCUACGGCAACUAUUACUACGGGCAGCUGCACGUCCAGGCGUCGGCCGUGGGGCCCGCGUGCUGCGGGGCCGUGCAGACCCUGGGCGCUCAGCCGUGCGCCUGCGUCCCCGCCCCCCCAGGCUAUGAAGGCACUGGGUCAGUCCUUAUGUCUCCUGUGCCCCACCAAAUACUGCCCUAUAUGAAUGUGGGAACCCUGUCCCGGACAGAGCUGCAGCUGCUGAACCAACUGCACUGCCGGAGGAAAAGAAGACACCGGACCAUCUUCACAGAUGAACAGCUGGAGGCUUUGGAAAACCUUUUCCAGGAAACCAAAUACCCAGACGUCGGUACCCGGGAGCAGCUAGCCAGGAGGGUACAUUUACGGGAGGAAAAGGUGGAGGUCUGGUUCAAGAACCGCCGGGCUAAAUGGAGGAGACAGAAGAGAUCCUCUUCCGAGGAGUCGGAGAACGCCCAGAAAUGGAACAAGGCUUCCAAAGCAUCCCCAGAGAAAAGGCAAGAAGAAAGCAAAAGUGACCUGGACUCCGACAGCUGAUACCCUUUCCCAGGGGAUGCUGCCUGCCAGCCGGCCUUGCCGGAGGGACGGAUUAUGGAUCUGGAGGACUUGCACGGAGAGGACGCUUAAAGCUCUUGCACAGACUCUGCCUCUGUGGGAGGAAGGCAGGAAGGAGGGACUGUCUCUAGCUGUAUAUAAUGCGAAAGGCCCCGGGAGC